UCAAAGUCAAUGGGGAUCAGAGUCAACGGACGGAGGUAGUGGUCACGAGGCGUAAAUAUAGCUGCGCAGCGAACUUGAGGUUGAUAAACGAUCUAGUUUGAGGGAAUGAUGGUGGACCUGAAGGACAGUUCUGCAGUGGAAGACAGCCCUGUUGCUGCUGCUGGAAGGCGGCCAAGCCCGGAGUUCGUGUCCAAAGACCAAGCUCCAACAGAAGGUAUCGGCAGCAGCCGAGAGUCACCGAGCUGUCCUCAGCCCAACCACUCAGAGGGCCAUGACUGCCCCCCUGAUGAGGAGGUGGAGAAGCUGUCCGACUACGCCCCGCCUCUGCUGUACCCCAAGCAUUUCCCGGACCCCCGCAGGGAACCCAGGAGCCCAGUCAGCCCUGAAGGUCCUGCCGUUUGGCAAAGUAAAUGGCACCAGUGGCAGGUGGCAGCGCAGAGCGGGGAGCUCUUUGACCGCCUGCUGAGGAGCCACCCAGAUUUCCACUGCUGUAAGAGUAACAUGGCCGCCUUCGUCCUGCAGAGAGAGGUGCUGGACACAGCUGGGUGCCGUGUCCAGCAAUACAGCGUGGUGGCACUGGGCUCCGGUCAGUCCAGCGUCAACAAGUGGCUCUGCUACGGAGGCACCAUGGUCCAGGACUGCAGCGCCAUCACCAUCGCCAGGCGCGCCCUCAAAAGGUAUCUGUACAAGCAGCUCCUGGUCCUCCUCAACCCCGACCCCAAGGCCAGGGCGUGCAGCAUCUUUGAGCGCCGGGCAGAGGGCGGUCAACUGCAGCUCAAACCCAACUUACACCUGCACCUGUUCAGCAACCCGCCCGCCAGCACCAGCGCCAAGAACUUCUUCUUCCAGCAGCGCUCGAUGGGCAGUGACCACAGCACCAGCCCGCUGCAGUACCAGGCCCAGGGCCUGCAGGUCCCCGCCCCCAGCCUGGACCCCAGCAUCUGGGGGGCACGGGUCUGCUGCGUGUCGCCCAGCGACAAGCUGUGCCGCUGGGCGGUCACUGGGGUGCAGGGAGCGCUGCUGAGCCACUUCAUCCAGCCCAUCUACAUCGCCAGCAUGGUGCUAGGGAGCAAGCUCCACUCUGCGGAGGAGGUCUCUUAUGUGGUCAACAGGCCCCUGGGCGAGGACUGGCAGCAACAGCUGGCCCCACCCUACAGGAGGCAGGACAUCCUGGUCCAGUGUGGGAACCGCGUGGCGCCCACCAACCCCCUGAGGCCUAAGCAGAACCUCAGCCUCAACUGGUGCGUGGGGGACGGGGAGGUAGAGGUGCUGGAUGGAGCCAGUGGCUACGUCGUGGAUCGCUCUCCUGUGGUAAGCGGGCCUAGUUUCUGCAGCCGGCUGUGUAAGAGAGCUCUGUACAGCUACUUCGUCCGCGUGGUUCGCCGCGCCGGCCAACCUCGUCUCCUCGAGCCGCCCACGUACCACGACGUCAAGAUGAAGGCUGAUCCCUACCAAAAAGCCAAGAAGGUGGUCAACGACCAGUUCCUGUUCACCCAGGCAGGGCCAUGGAACUCCAAGCACCUCGUGGACUGCUUCAGCCUGUGACCUCUGACCCCAGCCCCUCCCCUCCCUUUUACAGGGUUACUUUCCCCGUUCAGAGUUCUCUAUCGUUUGGUUCUGUAGUGUGCUGCUGCUGUUUUGAUUGGUUGUGUUGUUUUAGUUAAUAGCGGUGGUCAGAGUAAUAAACAGCACUGGUUAACUGGA